AUGGCUAGGAUGGAGGCUAUGCUUGCAAACCUUUGUAAAGAAGUUGAAGACAUAAAGAAAUUCAAGGAAGAAGAGAGAGGGAACAUAAGCAUCAGAGGAGCGGUUCUUAAGAAUCUCGAGUCACAGGUGGGACACUUAUCUCAACAAAUUUCGAAAUCCACUGAUAGUUUUUCAAGUGACAGUCUAGGGGUGUUCAUGGUUCGUGACACUGAGAAGAAUCCAAUAGGAGGAACACAAAAGGUGACAUGGGAAGAAUGUAAGGCAAUAAGCUUAGCAAGUGAGGAGGUUUGGAAAGAUGAAGUUAGCAAACCUACAGCACCUAAUCAAAGAGUCUCAGAAGGAAGGAAAGAAGAGAUUGAGCAAAAGACUGAUGUUGCCCAAGAGAAAGAAUCAAAAGAGGAAAAAACCCUACAACCAUAUGUGCCACAAGCACCGUUUCCUCAGAGACUCAGGGAAGGUGAGAAAGAAAGAUCAUAUUCAAGAUUCUUAGAUAUGUUUGCAUCUCUUAGUGUCAACAUUCCCUAUCUCAAAAUCCUCAAACAGAUGCCUGCUUGUAUUAAGUGGAUGAAGGAACUACUAGCUAAGAAGAGCAACCUGAAGGGUGGCCAAACAGUGGUGAUGAACAAGGAAUGCAGUGCUCUCAUCCAGAAGGAUGUACUCAUGAAGAAAAAAGAUCCAGGAAGCUUUCAUAUUCCCUGUAUCAUAGGAGAAGCAAAAAUUGACAGAGGAUUUUGUGAUCUAGGAGCCAGCAUGAAUUUGAUACCUCUAUCUCUUAUGAAGAAGUUACAAAUCAACGAGGUGAAAUCCACUGAUGUAAUCAUACAAUUAGCUGAUAAAACUCAUAAGCAGGGUGAAGGAAUAGUGGAAAAUGUGUUGGUGAAAGUGGGAAACUACUUUCCCCCCACAAAUUUUGUUAUUCUGGACAUGGAGGAAAGCUACCUCCAUCCAAUUAUUCUGGGGAGACCAUUUUUAGCUACUGGUCGAGCACUCAUUGAUGUUGAACAAGGAGAGUUGAUACUGAGAGUACAUGAUGAGCAGCUCACUUUCCAUUCCUUCAAGCCCGUGCAUGAAUCUGAGCAAGAGAGCAAGAAAUCAAAGGAAUAA